AUGUCUCUUCCAGUAAACCAAAUAUCUAUCAUUGAUUUAGAUGAAAAUAACUCUUAUCAUGAUUUAUGUAAUGAUAUUUUUUCAGGUUAUCAAGUUCGAUUAGAUAUCAAUGCAAACCACCCAAGAGCACCUACUUUAGCAUCUGCGUUCUCAUUAGAAAUUCCUCAUCAACCUAUAUUUAACUUACCUUCUUUUCCCCCAUGGCAACCAUCAUGCUCUUUAAUUUCUCUCAAUCACCGUUUUCAAACUGAACUUUUGUACAUGUUUCCAUGUGUUCCCUAUUCACAUUGUUUAAUUCUCAUGUAUCCAUUUCAAGCAAGAUGGGUUUCUCAUGAUAUUAAUAUAGAUUAUGAUCUCAGCCGGGCUUUUCCUCAUUUAUCCCUUACUAAACAUUCUGCUAAAGAAGAAUAUAUUGCUCAACAAAUUGACAAAAUAAUAAAUAACAUGCAGUGGGAUAUCGCUGCUAUUAUAAGUAAUCAACUUAACACAUUAAUGUGUUCUCCUCCCUCAAUUUCAUCACUCCAUACUAAAAACACAAGCAGACCAAUAUGCAGCAUUCAAUCUAUUAACCUCAGCAUGGGGUCGUGUAAGUGA